UUUGAAGCUGCUGUUUUAGCAAGACAUAAUGAGUACAGAGCUAGACAUGGUGUUCCAUUAUUAACUUGGAACAGUACAUUAGCUGAUUACGGUUAUAGUUAUAUUGAUGAAAUUGAAAGCACUGAUCAUUCAGCAUGUUCAGGUACUUUAGUCCAUUCACCACGUACUGGAUUAAACUUUGGUGAAAACUUGGCUUAUGGUACAAUCACUGAUACUCAAGCUGUUGAUCUAUGGUAUGAUGAAAAUGUUUACUAUAACUAUCAAGAUCCAUCCCAAAGUUCUGGUGAUUUUGAACAAUAUGGUCAUUUCACUCAAUUGAUUUGGAGAGCAUCUACCCAGCUUGGUUGUGCCAUCAAGAGAUGUAAUGGUAAUAUCAUAUAUGUUAUUUGUGAAUAUCAUCCACAAGGUAACAUCUUU